AUGAACUACACAAAGUGUGGCGAGGCGAACAAGGAGCAUCUGAAGGCGAUGCUGAAACUGGCGAAGAACUAUAAGAAGGCAUUGGAAGACGAGAAGAACAUGACGGAUCAGGAGCUCGCGAUCAAGAACGUCGGAAAAAUGGAUCCAAAACGGCAUAUCGCUGAUGAAGUGAGCAAGAUGCUCAACGAUAAUAUUGUGCAAAGUCUCGCUGGAAUGAUGGCCACCACUUCCUUCCAAUAA